UCUGAUUGGCAACGGUGAGAUUGCCCUGCGUUCCAACGCCUCUGCUCUCCCCGGCCUAAAGUUAGCCACGGGUUUGAAUUUGCCACUUUGUACUCAGUCUAGACGGCCAGAGCUCCAGAAGCCAGGCCUUGUGGGUAACCGACUUGUGGCCAUUCAGGAACUUUGAAGGGAGGUACAUCUCCCGGAUCCGAUGAUCCUGUGAAGGGGGAGGAGACUCCAGGAGAAUUCUGGGAAACGUUCGUUUAGGGUAUGCGUCCUUUCUCCUGGCGCAUGGGAGAAGGGGCGGGCCUACAUCUUCAAAGCUGGAAGAGGUCCCCGAGCCAGGCAGUUCCUGCGAGUUCCAGCUGUGCCGCCCACAUACCCCGUGGGAUCAGGUCCUGGAUGUAGCGAUUGGGCCUGGGAAGCAGCUUCCAUUACCGUGGAGGGUAGAUAGGGAGGGUCAGCUCGGGACAGGUAGAGUGGGGGAGGGUGCAUGACAGCUCUCCCGAGUGUGGAGGUUCCUUAAAAGGGAGAGGGCCAAAGCCAGAGGUGUACUGGGUUGGAGGAAAUGCUGGAAGGGGCAGCUUUUUUUUGACUCCAAGGGGAAGGGUGUGACCACUCUCAAAUAGGAAUGUUACCCCUGCGAAAGCUGAGGAUUGACUACAGGUCUGAGGCAGGACCUACCCAGCUCCCUGCUUCUAUUGCAUGCUCUUUCCAUCCUGACCUCUUGUCCUUGUAGGCCAACCCCCUGCCUAGGAAGUGAAGGGAAAGGUGUCUCCACCUCUGGGAUCCUUCUCCCUCUCCCUUCUGCCUGAAGAGAACCAAAACCUGGCCCAAGAAGGGAGCCUGUAACAAGAAGGAAUGGCCCCUGGAACCCCAAAGCCCCCAUGGAAGGAGUUACUGACAUUCAAGGAUGUGGCUGUGGACUUCACCCAGGAGGAGUGGUGCCUCUUGGACCAUUCUCAGAAAGAGCUGUACAAGGAGGUCAUGCUGGAAAACUCCCAGAACCUGCUCUCCCUGGGAAUUCCAGUCCUCAAAGAAGAUUUGAUCUCCCAUUUUGAGGAAAGGGAAGCAUCAUGGAUCCUGGAUCAAAAAAGUCUGAGGAACUCUUGUCCUGGUGCAGUGACAAAGUUUGAAGUAAAUGUGACUACUGCAGAGCCGAGCAUUUUUGUGGAAGAACCUUACCAACAAAGCUUCAUGAGUGAUACUCCCUGUGACUUCAAUUUCAGAGAAAUAAGUGAUUCAGAUAUCAAGAUAGAGAAAAAUGUAAAGAGUUAUUGUGAAUUUGAUAAAAAUGGAAAGGAUUUCAGACAACAUUCAGCCCUAAUUCUGGGUAAGAAAAUAACCCCAGGAAAUGACAGUUUUCAAUAUAUUGAAGAUAGUGAAUGCUUUACUGAAAAGGUCAGACUGAUUCAGGCUUAUGAGAAACCUCCUGAAGUGCAAAUGUAUCAAAGAAAUGAAGGAGAAAUGGUCCUCAGCUUUAGUGCAGACCUCAUGAGACAUCAGAAAAGUUAUACUGGAAAAAUGCUUUAUGUAUUUAAUGAAAGUGGGAAGGCCUUCAGUCAGAACUCAAAGUUCAUUGACCAUCAUAAAAUUCAUGUAGCAAGGAAACCUUAUGGAUGUAAUCAAUGUGGAAAGGCUUUCACCAAUAGGUCCAGUCUUGCUAUACAUCAGAGAAUCCACACUGGAGAGAAACCUUAUGAUUGUGAUCAAUGUGGAAAGACUUUCAGAACAAGAUCCAGUCUUCUUGAACAUCAGAGAAUCCACACUGGAGAGAAACCUUUUAAAUGUAAUCAAUGUGGAAAGUCUUUCAGACAGAGCUCCAGCCUUUAUCUUCAUCAGAGAAUCCACACAGGAGAGAAAACUUAUGAAUGUAAUUAUUGUGGAAAGACUUUUACAAAAAGAUCCACUCUUGCUAACCAUUUGAGAAUCCACACUGGAGAGAAACCAUAUGAUUGUAAUCACUGUGGAAAGACUUUCAGAACAAGAUCUAGUCUUAGUGAACAUCAGAGAAUUCACACUGGAGAGAAACCUUAUAAAUGUAACCAAUGUGGAAAGACUUUCAGACAGAGUUCCAGUCUUUAUCUUCAUCAGAGAAUCCACACUGGAGAGAAAACUUAUGAAUGUAAUAAAUGUGGAAAGAUUUUCACAAAAAGGUCCACUCUUGCUAUACAUCAGAGAAUCCACACCGGAGAGAAAAUUUAUGAUUGUAAUCAGUGUGGAAAGGCUUUCCCAGAUAGGGCCAAUCUUGCUAACCAUCUGAGAAUCCACACUGGAGAGAAACCUUAUGAAUGUAAUCAGUGUGGAAAGGCUUUCACACAGAACUCUAAUCUUGCUAACCAUAUGAGAAUCCACACUGGAGAGAAACCUUAUGAAUGUACACAGUGUGGAAAGGCUUUCACACAGAACUCUAGUCUUGCUGUUCAUCAGAGAAUCCAUACUGGAGAGAAACCUUAUGAAUGUACACAGUGUGGAAAGGCUUUUCGACAGAACUCUAGUCUUGCUGUACAUCAGAGAAGUCACACUGGAGAGAAACCUUAUGAAUGUACACAGUGUGGAAAGACUUUCAGGCAGAAGGCCUCACUUGUUCAACAUCAGAAAAUCCACACUGGAGAGAAAUCUUAGGAAUGUAAUUAAUGUGGAAAGGCUUUCCAACACAGCUCCAGUCUUCUUCAUCAGAGAAUCCACACUGGAGAGAAACCACAUAAAUGUAAUCAGUGUGGUAAAGCGAAGCUUCAUGUAACAGUUGUCUCAUAUUUCCCAUCAGAGAAUUUUUAUUAGAUAUCAAUUUUCUCUCUAAUGAAAGAGGAAAGACAUUGAAAUGAAGUGCAGAACUUGAUCAGCAUCUGACAAUUCAUUCUGGGAAGAUGCCCUAGGUAGAUUCAAUGGGAGAAGGCCUUCAACCAGAAAUCAUCCCUUAUUUACAUCAGUAGCUCCAUAGUGGAGAGAAGCCUUUUGAAUUUGCACUUUGGGGACAUGAUUUUCUCUAGGUAAAGGAGGACACUAAACAUUAAAAUAGUCAUACUGGAAAUAAGGCUUAUAAAAACAAUGCCUUUUGUCAAUGUCAAGGUCUUUUUGUAGAGUUUGUACUUUAUUAUAUAUUAGAAAAAUCAUGCCAGAGUUAAAACUUAUGAGUUCUGAAGUAAUGAGGGAAGGCCUCUCACUGGAGUAUAGAUUUUGUUAGACAUCCCAAAUUUCAUACUGUUCAAUAAAACUCCAUAAAUAUAAUGAAUUUUUUCAUUUAAAAUCCCAAUGUUUGUCUCCUAUUAUUCCUUGAUAAUAUUCCAUAGCAUUCACAUACCAUAAUUUCUUCAGCCAUUCCUUGAUUAUUAUUCAUUUUGCUUCCUGUUCUUUGGUGGCACAAAAAGUUCUCAUAUAAAUAUUUUUCUGUUGGACAUUUAUUUCUAUAAAGAUAUUGUUAAACUUCAAGGUUGAAGAAUGGAAAAGUGCUGUGCAGGGAGCCACAAGAACUAAGUUCAAAAACUAAUAAUACUAGUUGUGUGACUCUGAUUAAGUCACUUAAUCUAUUCCAUUCUGAUUUUCCCCAUCUGUAGAAUCAGGAUAAUAAUAGUAACUACCUCUUAGUAUUGCUAUGAGGAACAAAUGAGACAGUAUCUGGAAAGAACUUUUAAAGUAUUAAAUCACAAUGGAAAAGGCUAGCAAUUGUUAUGUAUUUAAUGUAUUAUAUUAGUAGGCUAAAAUAGGUUAGGCAUUUUUGAUUGAAAUUGAUAUUGGGAACAGCUUAGAAGAAGGUACUAGUUUUGGGUUUUGAAUCAUAAAAAUGGGUUGAAAUAGUGCUCUGAAUUCCUGGGAAAAGACCAACAACUUAAAAAGAAGCUUGUGAAAUUGAAUAGAUCAUGUGCACAACAUACAAAAAUAUAUAAGUAUAGGAAACAUGGGUUUAGUACAUUCAAAGACCUCAACCAUGGGAUCAGGAUUUGUUUAUCAUUAUCAAGUGCCAGAAAAACUGGAAAGCUGUUGGGUAGAAACUAUUUGUGGACUAAUAUCUCACACUGUACCGAGAUUUGCUCCAAAACAAAUAAAUUUAGAUCUGAAAUGUAGAUAUAAAAGACCCCUCUAAUAUGUUUGAAAAACCAUGAAGAAGAUAUAUUUUUCAGUUUUUGAUAGAUGAUGAGUUGUCAAACAAGGAACAAAAGAAUCACAGGAAACAAAAUAGGCAAUUUUCAUCAAGUCAGAAAAAAAUCCCAAAGCAUCUAAAAUGUAAAUAUAGCAAUUAACUGGGGAAAAUAUCUGGAGGCUUCCCUGAUAAAGGCUUCACAUCCAAAAUAUAUAAAGAGCAGAUAUAGAUAAUACACAGGUGUAUAAAGAAUGGAUACUAUACAGUAAGGCCAAAAAGUAUGAACAGGCAAUUUUCAGAGGAAAAAAUACAAACUAUAAAUAAUCAUAUGAAAAAUAUGUAUCUGUAAUACAUCUGUAUCCAGUAUGUAAUUCCCUAACAAUUAGAAAAAAUCUUAGAUUGCUAAAAGGGAUAAGAAAAUGAGAAUCAAAUACUGGGGGGAAUUUAUUUUUUUCAACUGUAUAGUUGACAUUAGAAUUUUGUAUUUUUUUAACCUAUGGGACAGAAAAUAUUUGUUAAUUUAAAAUUUAAUUAAACAAGAAAUAAAGCUCUAAAGCAUUAAUAAUCAGAGAGAUGCAACUAAAUUGGCUCUCACAUUCAUACACUUGGCAAAGAUAAUUAGAAAACCAGCGAGGGAAGAACUAUAUGAAAUUAAGCACAAGUUAAUAUUUUAUUGGUGAGACUGAGUCACUAAAUUGUGUAUACCCUUUGAGGUACCACUAGAGGGUCUUUUCCCUUAAAAAGGGGGGAAAGUACUCAAGACUACAAAAAAUAUAACAGUUCCCCUUGUUAUGCCAAAGGAUUGGUAACUAAUGUGUGAUAUUCUGCAGUAGGCCAAUAGCUAAAUAAAUUUUGAUAUAGAAAUUUAAUAAAACAUAAAUAUGCCAUGAAACAUGGGCAGUUUCAGUAAACCAGGAAAGAGCUAUAUGAACUAAUUCAGCACGCAAGAAGUAGAAUGGAGAGACUGAUUAAUGAAAAUAACAAUGUUGUAAAGGCCAAUAAGUUUGAAUAAUGUCCAAUCAUUAUAGAGGAUUUAUCAUGAUCCACACUACCUGCCUUCAGAAUGAGAAGUGAUUGAUAUAAGAUGUAGAAUACAGUGUUUAUGGGACAUGGACAAUGUAAGAAUUUAUUUUGAUUGACUACUUUCCUGACAAUUUUUUUUUUCAAUUUUAGAUAGGAGAGUAUGGCAGUGAGGGAGAUCAGGAAUAGGAUUGCCCUUUUCCCCCACUUAAAAAAAAAAGAAAGAAAUUGAUGGAUUUCUUAAAUAUAUACAAUAGAGCAGGAAGAAGCCUGGGGAAAAUGUGGAUAGCUUUAAAAAUACCAUGUUGAAUUUUUUAAUGACUCAUAAAGAAAAGCCAGUUCUACAUAUUGGAAUUUGUUUCAUGUGUUAGUCUCAUUCUAUUUUAUGCUGUAUUAAGUCUUCUGUUUCAUACUUGUGAAUUUCAAAAUUAAAAAUGAUAAAAAAUUAA